UUGAACAUGCCGGCGGACGGCGUCAGUGUGCAGCAGAUAGGACUGGGAAUGUUUUGUUUUCUCCUCAGGUUGUCUUCUGAUAUCAGACUGCUUUAACGUGACAUGGCGCUGUAGGUCUGAAGAAGCGCGUCUUGUCCAGUCGGGUCAGGGUCAGCCGGAGGCAGAGCAACGAAAAUGUCCGGCUUCAGUGCUGAACUGAUAGACUACCUCGAGGGCAGGAUAACUUUUGAGGAGUUUGACAAAAGGAGAGACGAGAGAAGGGCAAAGGAGUCGGAGACGUUAGCUGAGGACGGGGAGGAUGAUGCUCAGCCUUCUACCUCGACACAAAUCCCGGGGAAGAUCGAAGAAGGAGUCAGCCCAGGGGUCCAGCUGGCCUUUGCCUCCAUGCUGGGAGAAACACCAGAACCACCAUCUUCUGAAGAAGAGGAGGAGGAGGACAGUUUGAGCUAUGUUGAUGACGAAGAUGAUGAGGAUUACAAGGUGGAGGAGGAGGAAGGGGGAAAGACGGAGUUGGGGCUGGCAGAGAAGAGGCAGGGGCGAGGACGGGGACGAGGUAGAGGAGCACGGAGGAGGAAGAAGAAAGAGGAAGAGGCGGAGGACCUGUCGGUGGGAGAUGUGUUUGCACUAGAGAUGGAGCUGAACCGAGAAAACAAGAAGAUGAUGAAGGAGAGGCGUCAUCGCAGCAAGCUGCCCCGAGCUCUGAGAGGCCUGAUGGGAGAAGCCAACAUCCGCUACGCCAGAGGAGAGAAAGAGGACGCCAUUUUGAUGUGUAUGGAAAUCAUAAGACAGGCUCCUCUGGCCUAUGAGCCUUUCUCCACGUUGGCCAUGAUCUACGAGGAUGACGAAGACAUGGACAAAGCACUGCAGUUUAGUCUGAUUGCUGCCCACCUCAACCCCUCCGACAGCGAGGAGUGGAUCAGACUGGCUGAAAUGUCUCUGGAGCAGGACAACAUCCGACAGGCCAUCGUCUGCUACUCCAAAGCCAUCAAGUACGACCCCACCAACGUGCGCUACCUGUGGGAGCGCUCCAGCCUCCACAUGCGCCUGGGAGAGCACAAGCAGUGCAUGGACGGCUACCGCAGGAUCCUGUCGCUGCUGCCGCUGGAGGACGGAGAGCACUUCAUGCAGCUUUCUAAGGACAUGGCCAAGAGUUACUAUGAGAGCAAUGACUUGCCCUCAGCUCUGAAUGUGAUAGAGGAAGCUCUGGCACGACACCCCACCCUGGUCAGCGAUGACUUCAUCAACAUGGCAGCUGAGCUCUAUAUCGCCAGCCACCAGUACAACAAGGCCGUGCAGGUCUUGGUCCAGUUUGCAGGCAUUGUUUUGGUCAGAGCUGAGUCCAGUUCAAACAUCACGGCACCAAAACAAGAGGAGAAAGUGGUGGAGAUGAUGAUUGAGGAGCAGGAGAAGAAGAGUGAAGAAGAUACAAAGACGGUAGAGGAAAUGUCAGCGGAGGAGAGUGGUGCAAUUAAACAAGUACAGGUACCAGACACUGUCCCAGUGGACCUGAGGGCCAAGCUAAUUGUCUGCCUCAUACACCUACACGUGUACACGCCCCUGGAGGGCCUGGUACCAUCGCUGAUGGAGCAGAGUCCAGAGGAGAUUGGAGACUUGUACCUGGAUGUAGCUGAAGCCUACCUGGACAAGGGCGAGUACCUGUCUGCUCUGCCUCUGCUGUCUGCCCUCGUCAUAUCCGAAAAGUACAACCUGGCUGUCGUCUGGCUCCGACACGCAGAAUGUCUGAAGGCACUGGGCCACAUGGAGGCGGCGACAGAAAGCUACAAUAAGGUGGUAGAGAUGGCCCCGCAGCACCUGGAGGCCCGGCUCUCCCUGGCCACCCUGCAGCAGCAGCUGGGCCGGCCAGAGCGCGCCCUCAAGGCCCUGGAGUCCAUGUACGACAGCGACACCCUGUCACAGGACUCUUCAGCCGCACAGAAGGAAUUAAAGCUGCUUCUGCACCGUUCGACGCUGCUGAAGACUCAGGGACAAAUACAGGACUACCUGGAUGCUAUGAUCACCAUGAUCUCCAUGCUGCUUAAAGUGGCCAUGCAGCGAGCUAAGGUGUGUGUACGCUCUGUAACUGUGUCGGGUAAGAAUCACCUGAGGCUGGUAAAAGCCAAAGACCUGCUGCCAGAGAUCGCUGACCAUGAAGCUGCCUAUCUGGACAAUACUGGUAAAACCAACGUUUUGUCCAAAGAGGACUGGUGGCAGCUGCUGGUGAGCUGCGUGCUGACGCUGUCUGAGGUGCAGCGCUACGAGGAGGCCGAGCUGCUGGUGGAGUCCGCCAUGGAGUUCUACUCUUUUUACGACAACAAGCCCAGGAGGAAGGAGCUGGAGUUCUUCGGCCUGUCUGCCACCAUCUUGGACCACAACUACUACAAGGCUUACAACUACAUCAGAUUAAUGCUGAUGGAAAAUGUGGAUCUGCCUCAGCUUUGGAACAUUUUCAACCAGCUGACGAUCACCUCUCAGCACCAGCGUCACCAUCGCUUCUGUCUGCGUCUGCUGUUGAAACACCCCGACAACCACGCCCUGUGUGUCCUCUGUGGACAUAACGCCAUGGUGUCAGGAAGCUUCAAACAUGCUCUGGGCCAGUAUGUUCAGGCCUUCCAGACUCACCCAAAGAACCCACUCCACAGCCUGUGUGUGGGUCUCACCUUCUUCCACAUGGCGUCUCAGAAGUACGUCGCCAAACGACACACUCUGGUGCUGCAGGGGUUCUCCUUCCUGUGGCAGUAUGUGGAGCUGCGUGGAGAGUGUCAGGAGAGCAUGUACAACCUGGGCAGGGCGCUACACCAGAUGGGUCUCACACAUCUGGCCAUACAUUACUACCAGAAGGCCCUCACACUGCCUGCACAGAAACUGGAGGGGAUCGCCGAUGAUCAGGUGGAUCUGAGGAGGGAGAUCGCCUUCAACCUGUCACUCGUCUACCAGGCCAGCGGGAACAUGGCGAUGGCUCGACAGGUCAUCAACACACACUGCGUAGUUUGACAAUGCCUACUCAUCACUGAUGGUGCGACACUGUGAAAAUAUGGAGGACUAUGAAUGACUCACUCAUCAAUAAAUAAAUGCACUAGUAAAAUAAAUACUAAAAUCAUUCUGUUAAAAAAAAAAAGAAGAGAGAACUCUUAUUUUUCCAUUUCUACAAA